GUGAUUUUUAUUGAGAACUUAGAAAAAGAAAAAUUAUAGUUUUGUUGAAAGGAAAUUUUCUAAUUUUUUUCCCAAAAUACACUCUUGAAAAAAAAAAAUCAAAAUAGGGUUUGGUGACUAUAAAUACAGCAACAACGAGGAGGAGUUGGUGUAGAUUGUUUUUUGUUUGGUUUGUUUGUUUGUUGAAUAGAUGGAGUCGUGCAUCGAUAUGAUGGUGAAGAAGAAUUCAGGUGCUAGGUAUUGCGAAGAAGAACGUAGGAAUCUACCAGUCUGGGUGCAAAAAGAAGAGUUUGUCCGAACUUUGAAGGAGAAUCAGAUGGUGUUGGUGACGGGUGAGACCGGUAGUGGUAAAACAACGCAGAUCCCACAGUUUGUUUUAGAAUCAGUGAUGGAUGAAAACUCUAGCGCUUCUGAUCAGUGGUUGGUUGGGUGCACGCAGCCUCAUCGAGUUGCAGCCAUGUGCGCUGCACGUCGUGUGGCUGAAGAGAUGGAUGUAAAGAUGGGGGAAGAGGUCGGUUACACAGUCCGUUUCGAGGAUUGCAGUAGCCCCCGAACGGUGCUCAAGUACCUGACUGAUGUAAUGCUUCUCAGGGAAGCUAUGGUGGAUCCGCUCCUUUUGAGAUACAAAGUGAUUAUCCUUGACGAAUUUCAUGAUAGAAGUUUAGCCACAGAUUUACUUGUUGCUAUUCUUAACCGCACCUUGUUUAGGCGACCUGAUCUUAAGCUUGUUGUGAUGAGUGCAACCCUAGAGCGUUUGAAGCAAAAGUAUUUUAGUGAUGCAGAUGCGCCUCUCAUCAAAGUCCCUUGUGGUAGGCUCCUCCAUCCAGUGGAGAUCUUGUACACCCGAGAACCUGUGAUGGACUAUCUCGAGACUGCCAUAAGCAAAGUUAUCGAGAUUCACAUGUGUGAACCAACAGGUGACGUUCUUGUUUUCUUGACCGGGGAAGAAGAGAUUGAACAUGCUUGCAGCAGAAUUGUCAGUAGUCUUGGAGAUCAAGUCACCGUUGUGCCCUUGUAUUCCUCUCUUCCACCAGCUUUGCAACAAAAGAUCUUCGAUCCUACACCACCACCACAUUCAGUGAGAAAGAUCAUCGUCUCCACCAACGUUGCUGAGACUUCUUUGUCUAUGGACGGGAUUGCUUAUGUGGUUGAUCCUGGUUUCUCCAAGCAAAAGAACUGUUGUUUCUUCACUGCUAACGAGAUCUGGUCGGUGUCCCGAAUAUCAAAAGCAAGUGCUUACCAGAGAGCAGGACGUGCCGGUAGGAAAUGUUUUAGGCUCUACACUGAGAAGACUUUCAAUGACUUACCGGCUUGGGAGCUUCCUGAGAUAUUUAGAUCAAACCUUGUUAAAACAGUUUUGACUUUGAUGAGGCUAGGGGUGAGGGAAGUGACAGAUUUUGAAUUUAUAGAUUUUCCUUCCCCUCAAAUGCUCUAUCGGGGCUUGGAGGAUUUGUUUCAUCUAGGAGCAAUAGAUGACCAAGGUAACCUGACAAAUAUAGGCCACAUGAUGGAGACGAGUUUGGAAGAGCCACUUUGAUUUUUUUUUAUAAAGUUCUUUUCAUAAAAUUUUUUUUUGUUGCUGAGAGAUACCAAAAUAUAUGAAAAUUAUUAUAAGCCCGU